AUGUUUGAAGAGGGAGGCUUGGAUUUGGACCUGGUUUUGCCGGAGUUCCAGAAACAGGCUCAAGAAUAUGUCUGUGCCAUCUGCAGCGGACUUUGCUACAAACCCCGAAUAAUCUGCCCAAAGUCGCACAUGUUUUGCGAGUCCUGCAUUUACCGCCUGCUGAAAUGCUCUUCCCAAAAAGACAAAUGUCCAUCCUGCCGAUCAAAAUUCUCAACAAAAGACAUCAAGCAGCCGAUUCGACCUUUGGUUAACAUUUUGGACUUGAUCAGAGUCAAGUGCCCGAACAAAGACUGGUGCUGGAAGGAAUUGCAAUAUGAUGAGUUGGAUCGACAUUUGAAGGAGUGCAAGAAACCAGAGGAAAAGUGCAAGGGCUGCCUGCGGGUUAUGCACCCAGAUAUGCUAGAAGAUCACGUGCAAAACUGCGUUCAAUUUCUCCGACUAGAAGUAAAACGGUUGGAAAAUCGAAUUGCCGGACAUGCUGCUCUCUGUUGGACUCCGACAACUCCUUGUCCAGAAUGCAAUGUGAAUGAAGUGUACAAAAUGAAAGUCGGAACUCAAACAAUCUGCCUUCCCUGCGAGGAAAAAGUCCCCGAAGCCGAGCGAGACAACAUCCAGAACAAAGUGAAGGACUUCUUCAACCGAAUCAAAGAAUCAGAAACAUCGACCAAACUCAAGAAUUUCUUUCGUUUUUAA